UUUUCCAUUUAUGUAUCCAGCUAACGAUUCAUCCUCUGCUAGUACUUAUUAGCUAUAUAUCUUUCUCUUAACGGUCGGAUAAUAUUGGUAAACGGAGGAAACUGUUAUCUCGUAUGCAGCAUUCACCGCGGAAACUCAAGCGUUAAAUUAGCAUACGUGACAGUCCAUAAAUUGGAUUAGCGCUAAGUAAAGCCACCGGUGAAUGGUAGGUUAGCAAGCUUGCUAACGUUAGCUAGUUUGCUAAACGGACUGUUGGGAGUGACGGCUGGAAAAUAUAUGGACAUUUCUGGAUUUUGACAGUUGAAUGUGCGCCUGUGCGUUACGGUAACAAACGGUUGCUGUUGUAACGUAACGUUAAUGUAGAUAAUUUCGUCCUUAGCUGUUUUAGUGUGUGCAGACUUAACAUAAUUAACAUUAACGUACAAGGGUAACGUCUUCACUAACGUUAGUAGCUGUCAACUCAAGUGACCAGCUUCAGGUCAACAACAUGGAGAGUUAUGGUCAGCGGUUUGAAACCAAUACCGGACGAGACAGUAAACCUCAAAAGAAAAAGGGAUCUUCCAACAACAACACAUGUUAUGAUGAUGGAGACCGCAAACCAAAGUUUCACUUACCCUUUAAAAACAUCACAGAUGAUGUGCUGGACAGAUUCGCCAGUAUUCGGAUUCCGGGUAGUAAAAAGGAGCGGCCACCGUUAUCACACUCCAAACACAAUACCAACGAUUGGUCCAUUUCGUCAUCAUCCACCUCACAUCAGUUUGAGGAACUCUCAUCAAAGAUCACCUCGGAAAAAGAGAUCCUGGCUCUGUUUGAAAAGAUGAUGGAGGACAUGAACUUGAAUGAGGAAAAAAAGACUCCUUUGAGAGAGAAGGACCUCAACACAAAGAGAGAGAUGGUCAUCCAGUAUAUUUUUACUGCCUCUAAAACUGGUAGCCUGAGAAGCAGUCAUCAGAUAUCUCCCCAGGAAUUCCUGGGAGAGUUGAAGUCAGGGGUGAUGGACGAACGUCUGUUUGCCUGUCUAGACUCAUUGCGAGUGUCCCUUACCAGCAACCCUGUCAGUUGGGUGCAGAGUUUCGGGCAUGAGGGUCUCGGAUUGCUGCUGGACAUUUUGGAGAGGUUGCUGUUCAAGAAACAGCAAGAGAAGCUCGACAAAAAGAACCAACAUAAGGUUGUUCAGUGUCUCAAAGCCUUCAUGAACAAUAAGUAUGGCUUGGAUCGAAUCCUGGGGGAAGAGAAAAGUCUUGCCUUACUGGCAAGAGCCAUUGAUCCCACCCAGUCAGCCAUGAUGACUGACGUGGUAAAGCUGCUGUCAGCCAUCUGCAUUGUGGGUGAAGAGAACACUUUGGAAAAGGUCCUUGAAGCCAUCACCACAGCAGGGGAAUGGCGAGCCAUUGAGAGGUUCAGUCCCAUUGUGCAGGGACUAAGAGAUCGCUCGGUUCAAUUACAAGUGGCAUGCAUGCAGCUCAUCAAUGCCCUAGUAACAUCCCCUGAUGAGCUGGACUUCAGGCUGCACAUCAGGAAUGAAUUUAUGCGCUGUGGCCUGAAAGAGAUAUUGCCGCAACUGACAACCAUCAGGAACGAGGCCCUUGACAUUCAGCUGAAGGUGUUCGAGGAGCACAAAGAAGAGGACAUGAUAGAGUUCUCUCACAGGCUGGAAGACAUCAAGAGCGAGCUGGAUGAUGUGGGUGAUGUGUUCAGUAUUGUGCAGAGCAUGGUGAAGGACAGCAGUGCAGAGCCCUAUUUCCUCUCUAUACUGCAGCACCUGAUGCUUAUACGCAAUGACUACUUGGUCAGGCCCCAGUACUUCAAGAUCAUUGAGGAGUGUGUGUCUCAAAUUGUGCUCCACCGUAGUGGCACUGAUCCAGACUUCAGUUACCGCAAGCGCCUGGAUGUGGACUUCAGCCACCUCUUAGAGGUGUGUGUGGAAAAAGCUCGAACCGAUGAGUAUGAACAGAGAGCCUCAGAACUCGCACAGAAGUUUGACGAGGAGUUUCUGAGCAGACAGGAGGCACAAGCUCAGCUGGUUAAGUGUGACGAAAAAAUAGCAGAACUCCAAGCAGAGCUGCAGGCCUUCAGGUCCCAGUUUGGAGCUGUACCUGUGGGUCUCUCCUCUCCCCAUGCUGGACAAGGGUUGUCUCCCUCAGCAUUACCGUCUGGGCCUCCACCCCCUGGUCCACCACCAGGGAUGCCAGCUCCUCCUCCUCCACCUCCUCCACCUCCUUUACCAGGUUGUCCGAUUCCACCUCCCCCACCUGGAGUGCCUCCUCCAUUCGGUGCCCCCCCUCCACCCCCUCUGGGGUUCGGAGGUGGUCUGGGUUCCCCAACCCACCAUGCGCUGCCUUAUGGCCUCAGGCCUAAGAAGGAUUUCAAGCCUGAGACCUCCAUGAAGCGCUUCAACUGGUCAAAGAUUCGUCCCCAGGAAAUGUCAGAGGGCUGUUUCUGGGUGCGGGCUGAUGAGAACCAAUAUGCGAAACCAGAAUUACUCUGCAGAGUUGCUCUCACUUUUGGCUCACAAAGAACAGCCAAAAAAGAAGAGGAGGAUCAGGAGGAUAAGAAAUCCAUAAAGAAGAGAAUUAAAGAGCUCAAGGUGCUCGAUCCUAAGAUCGCACAGAAUCUAUCCAUCUUCCUGGGCUCCUUCCGUAUGCCUUAUCAUGAAAUCCGUCGGAUGAUAGUGGAGGUGGAUGAGGAGCAACUCACUGAACCUAUGAUCCAGAACCUGGUGAAGCACCUACCAGAACAGGAGCAGCUGAACGCCUUGGCCAAGUAUAAAAACGAGUACGCAAAUUUGUCAGAGCCUGAGCAGUUUGGGGUUGUGAUGAGCAGCGUGAAGCGGCUGCGUCCUCGCCUCAGCCACAUCCUCUUCCGGCUGCAGUUUGAGGAGCAGGUGAACAACCUGCGUCCAGAUAUCCUGGCUGUAAACGCCGCCUGCGAAGAGGUCAGGAAGAGCGGCUCCUUUGGACGCUUGCUGGAGCUGGUGCUGCUGCUCGGGAAUUACAUGAACGCGGGAUCUCGAAAUGCUCAGUCAUAUGGCUUCGACCUCAGUUCCCUCUGCAAGCUUAAGGACACCAAGUCAGCAGACCAAAAGACCACACUACUCCACUUCCUGGCGCAAGUCUGUGAGCAGGAAUUUCCAGAUGUGCUCAAGUUUGUUGAAGACCUGGAGCACGUGGACCGAUCCAGUAGAGUGUCUGCAGAGAAUCUGGAAAAGAGCCUCAGGCAGAUGGAGAGGCAGCUGUUGCAGCUGGAGAGAGACCUGGAGACUUUCUCCUCCCCCGAUGACCCCAACGACAUGUUCUUCACUAAAAUGGCUAGCUUCAGCAAGGUUGCACGGGAGCAGUAUGACAAGCUGGUGAUAAUGCACAGCAAUAUGGAGACGCUGUAUCACAACAUGCUGGAGUACUUUGCGGUCGAUCCCAAGAAGACCUCGGUGGAGGAGCUGUUUACUGAUCUCAGCAACUUCCGCACCAUGUUUACUCAAGCACUGAAGGAGAACCUGAGGCUGAGGGAGUCCGAGGAGAAACAGAGGAGAGCCCGGGCGGCGAAGGAGAAGGCUGAACGCGAAAAGCAGGAGAGACAGCAGAAGAAGAGGAGGUUGCUGGAAGUCAAUGCAGAGAAUGAUGAGACAGGUGUGAUGGAUAGUUUGCUGGAAGCCCUACAGUCAGGAGCUGCAUUCAGAGACCGCAGGAAGAGAGCGCCAAGACCCAGAGAUAACCAGCAGCAGACGAUCAGCCCCAGCUCCUUCCGCCAAGUUCUCAGGCCUGUUAACCAUGAAAACAACAAGGCACCUUUACAAAGGUCUCGCUCUCGGCAGAAUAUAAAUUUAGGUUCAGCGGUGGUGAAAGCUCCCCCUGCCAAGGAGGCCCAUAACGAGUCUGAGGGCCAUCCAUCCGCUGCCCGGGCCAAGGCUGCUGCGUGUUCCGAGUCGGGCCGCAGGUACAGGAACACCCCGGGUCACAGCCACUGGCAGGACAGAGAAAGGGUGGUGGAGAGAGAGACGGUUAAAUCGACCGGGAGAGAGAUGGAGGUUAAAGCAGAGCCUCCGGCCUCCCAGCCGUCCUCCACUGGAGCUGCGGUCAGCAGCUGCAGCGCCAACGGAGAGUCCGAUGUAGAGGCUCUCCUGGCCAAACUCAGGGCCUUGUGAGGUUUGUUUUCACAUUAUCUCUGAAAUGACAUAUACAGCCGACAGUACGUUUGUACCCACACAUAUUAACACGCUCUGAAUGUGACCAAAAAGAUUUUGCUUCAACAUAAACAAGCAGGAAUGUAGGUAAUGAGACAAAGUCGUGAUAGAUAUAUAGCGAGGCAAUUAAAUUAUAACCAAAGCUUUGUAGAAAAUACAUUUGAAUAAACCUUAUAAAUCAGAGGACCAUGCUUUUAACACUCAAUGGUGCAGAUAUCGUCUUUUUCUAAAGGAAAAUCCAGGCAGGUAGAGCGCAGAUAAUUCACACUUGAUCCCACAGUAUGUCCUCAAAGGAUAAUAUAUUUACAAAAGUUGUGAUUCAAUGGAAACACUUAAGCACAGCAGUGUCAUGAAUAAGUGUUCAACAGUGAAAAUACAGCCCAAACAGAGUGAACAGUCUCUACCUUAUCCUGAGAAGUGCACUGCCAAAAGUGUUUGGCUUUCCUAACACUGGAAUAUCACAUAGCUUUUCCUCAGAUGCAGCGUAGCGAAGCACUUUCUUUAUAAUCCAGAACUAUGCAAAGUUAAACAAAAGUUAUAUCAUAUUUCUUUUCACAUUAGCGUUUCCUAUAAUUGCUUCUACUGUAGCAUUUAUUUUACAUCUUUGUCAAAUUAUGCUGUCCUUCUUCUAUUUUAGUUUUUAAUUACACAUCAGUUAUUUUCACAUACAUGUUACAUUUUAAAGACUUUACGCUUCCAUCUGCGUUCAUUACUUUCGGUACUUAAUUAUUUUCUAUGUUUUUCUUUCUUUUUGUCUUCUGUGAGUCUUUUUCAUUCCUGUUUUUUUAUAUCCAAAUGAUGAAAUUGUUUGUAUUUUCUAAAUAAAUGUUAUAUGCAUUAUAUAAAACUAUAGAAAGGAUCAGUACGUACGAGUUAUGGCAUACAGUUAUACAUUCACAGGUUCUAAAAGUAAUUAGAUGUCACUUGACAAGUUGAGUUUGGCUGUACUAGGCUGCUUUGUCUCUCUGUCAUUGCUAGUGGGAACAUUUAUACACAGUGAGAACAAGUGUCUGAGGGUGUUGUCAUAAAAGAGGUUCAUCUAGCUACAAGUUAUCCAGAACUCAUGCUGCUUUUCCUCUACAUUCCCACCCGAAUUACUCAUAUCUUAAGCGUAUUUGUUGUACCUUUAUUUGCUCACUUUUAUAGACCCAUUUACAAUAAAAUG